CCCGAAGAAGUGACUAGGAGGGAGGAGAAUGGCCAUCUUGUCGUCCUGUUUGUGUUGCAGCCUGCUACUCGGCUCGAUCAUCGCUGGCGUCUACGUAACGAUUGUGUAUUUGGCAGCCUUCAUCGUGAGUGUUUGGUGGAUAGUCGAAGCUGAAGGUAACGCAGCGGCUGACGAGGAACAUACUGGAACGGUGCCGAUUCCCAUUCCAGCGUAUCUGCUCAGUCUGGGAUAUUUCAUCGUCAUAGUCAUGUCGGUCUGGAUGCUUCAAGGCCUCUACAGGAAAAACGAGAAGGCCCUGUUGGUGUGGGUGUUCGUCAUGACGCUCUUCUGCUUUCCGGAGAUGGGAAUGGUAAUCUUCAUGAGCCUCGUUCAUUGGAAAAUCACCUCAUCGUACGGGCUGGCAGACUUGAUAUUCUAUCUCAUCAGAGCGACGUUCAACCUGAUGGCCGUGGUGUGCGUACAUUCGCAAUACUCCACUUGGAAGGAAGAUAUUGCCAAUUCAGAAACGCUGAAAAGACUCGAACAUCUUCAUAUGAAUACCUUAACCAAAAAUCGUGGCAAAGCUACGACCGAUUCUACAACCUUGGCUUAUCACAACCCAGCGUUCGUUUCGUCAGCUGAGCCUACAAUGUCCAUACCGCUUUCUGCGUCGCCGACGUUGCUCCAAAGGUGA